AUGAAAACUAAAACAUUGCUAGUCUCGUCCUUUUUCCUCAUCUUGAUUAUUAAUAUUACUUUUGGUAUUGUCCACAGUGAUAAUUUCAAUGAGUUUAGAAUCCCUAAUAAGGUUGUCAAGUCCUUAUGCAAAGACACUGAUGACCAUAAACUUUGCCAUGAUGUCCUCUACCCCGUGAAAACCUCAAACCCAAUAGAUUAUAUUGAUGUUGUGGUGAAGAACUUGAUGGAAAGCGUAGAAAACGCAUUUAAUGACAUGAGUAAUAAACUUAGUUCUAUGGAGAAUAAUGAAAGCAACAAUUUAGGUAUCAAGAUGGCCCUUGAGGACUGCAAGGACAUGUUACAGUUCGCUAUCAAUGAACUUAAGGCAUCUAAAGUUAUCAUCACUGAAAGUAGUAGCAUUCGCAGUAUACACAAUCGUUCGGUAGAACUCAAGAAUUUAUUUGGGGCUGUCAUUGCCUACCAACAAUCUUGCCUUGAUGGCUUUUCUGAUACAAAAAGUGAUAAUAAUAAGGCCAUGUUACAUUUGCAAACAGAUAACUACUUGGACAAUGUUGGAAAGCUCACUGGUUUGGCACUUGAUGUUGUAUCCGAGAUCUCUCAUUCAACGAAUGUUAAAUCAUUAGUGGAUAAUGAAGGGUAUCCAACUUGGUUUUCCGUUGAUGAUCGUAAGCUGAUGGCUAUGGGUCCGAUUGGAGCCACUGACAACGACGUUUUAGUAACGGUUGCCAAGGAUGGCAGUGGUCAAUAUAAGACUAUUGUUGAUGCUAUUAAUGCAUACCCAAAUAACCAUCAAGGAAGGUACAUUAUCUACACUAAGAGUGGUGUAUAUGAUGAGUACAUUUUUGUUGACAAGGAUAAACCAAAUGUUUUCAUGUUUGGUGAUGGCCCUACAAAAACCAUUAUCACCGGCAGCAAAAGCUUUCUCCAGGGUAUCAAGACAAUGAGAACCGCCACUUUUUCAACCGUUGCAGAAGGCUUCGUUGCAAGGGGAAUUGCUUUUGAGAACACCGCUGGUCCUCGAGGUCACCAGGCAGUGGCAGUUCGCGUGCAAGGUGAUCGUUCAGCUUUCUACGACUGUAUAUUUCGUGGUUACCAAGACACAUUGUAUGUGCAUGCACAUCGUCAAUAUUAUCGUAACUGUGAAAUCUCUGGCACAGUAGACUUCAUAUUUGGUUACUCGUCAACUCUAAUACAAGAUUCGAAGAUAAUUUUAAGAAUGCCUUAUCCACAUCAAAAUAACACGAUAGUAGCUGAUGGAACAGAACAAAAGAACAUGCCAACAGGAAUUGUUGUUCAAAACUGUGUCAUUUUGGCAGAGGCUGAAUUGUUACGAAACAAGUUGAAAGUAAAGUCUUACUUGGCAAGACCAUGGAAGGAAUAUUCAAGAGCUGUGUUUAUUGAGAAUGUGAUAGGUGAUGUUAUUCAGCCAGAAGGGUAUAUUCCAUGGACAGGAGAAUAUCCAAAUAUUGAGAACUCUUACAUGGCUGAGUUUGGGAACAGUGGAGAAGGUGCUGGUGUUGAAAGAAGAGUGGAUUGGGCUAAGGGACUCAUUAGCAAGGAAGAAGCUUUUCAAUUUACUGCUGCUCAAUUUAUUCAGGCUAACACAUGGUUGCCUAUAACUGGCAUUCCUUUUUAUAAUGGCUUCAUAAGAGAGAUUAAUUAA